GCCGCAUCAGCUGAUUGGUGGAGCGGACGACGCUCUCGGCGGGCUCAGUGGUCACUCUCAGCCAAGAUUAUAUAUAGAUCUAACCAAUUCCUGCCGGGUUUGCGAGUGAAGGCUGUGCCACCGUGAGGAAGCUUCCUUCCCCCUCCCUCUCUUGAUUUCUUGUUCCUCCUAUUUGACCUCUGAGUGGAAGUUAUCGGACACUAGGCAAAAUGGAGCUCCAGUUGGUGGAUCAAUUACGGGAAAAGCUGGAAAAAGCUAAGCUUUCUCGAGAUGACCUUCAGAAAGUUUUACCACCGAGCCUGUUCAAGAGGCAUAGGCACGAGGCUCCGGCAUACAUCCCUUAUUCUUUCCAAAAGCAAAAGUUGGAAGCUCAAGCAAGGCUCAACCAACCUGGAGUUUCAGUCAAGCCAAAAAUUCCCCGUGGCCAGGUCAAGAGAUACUUGAAGGAGUUUGCUGAUGCAAAAGAAGCAGGACGGUUUGCACACCUUCCCCCAGAGCAACUUGCAAAACUUGAGGAAGAGGUCACGACAGCAGCAACAGAUGCUGAUAAGUCAAAAGAUCUUGAGGAGUUUCUGAGGGCUGUCCGGGAGGAUCAAGACUUCGAAGCAAGCAUAACUAAGCCAAAAGAGAUCGGGCAGGACCUGAGAAGCUCGACACUUAUUGACACAGAGGACGGUCCAGGGACUUCAGAAGCACGUGAAGCUCAGCCCAUUCCUUCAGAGGGCAAAUUCUUCACCUCUCAACCUACCCAAGAGUUUGAAGAACCAGCUCCUAUAGAGGAGGUUAUCCCACCCCCACCAACAUUCCCUGAAGACCCUUGGCAGGCUUUCAUCGACUACAUGGCGAGCACAGAAGGAAGCCAAGAUGCACAUAUCGUAUUGGGUCAGGAGGGCCACAUCAUUGAGCGUGGCAUGCAUAAGGGCAAGGGCAUUGCCGUCCUCACCAGUGGAGGUGACUCCCAGGGUAUGAAUGCAGCCGUUCGUGCAGUAGUGCGGAUGGGUUUAUAUGUGGGAGCACGCGUGUAUUUCAUCAAAGAAGGUUAUCAGGGCAUGGUUGAUGGCGGUGAACACAUUGCAGAGGCUCACUGGUCAUCUGUCUCUGGAAUCAUCCAUAAGGGUGGCACAGUGAUUGGUUCAGCAAGGUGCAAGGACUUUCGUGACCGUGAAGGCCGCUUGAAGGCUGCCAAGAAUCUGGUUAAGCAUGGCAUCACAAAUCUUGUCGUAAUAGGAGGUGAUGGAUCCCUUACUGGAGCAAACUUGUUUAAGCAGGACUGGGCAGCACUCCUUCAACUGCUUCUCAAGAAGGGAGAAAUCACAGAAGAGGAAAAGCAGAGUUAUUCUCAUCUUAACAUUGUGGGUAUGGUCGGCUCCAUUGAUAAUGACUUCUGUGGCACUGACAUGACCAUUGGCACUGAUUCUGCACUACACAGGAUCAUUGAGGCAGUCGAUGCCAUUGCUGCAACAGCAUAUUCCCACCAGCGUUGCUUCAUUUUGGAGGUCAUGGGGAGACAUUGUGGCUAUCUGAGUGUGUCAGCUAGUAUAGCCUGUGAAGCAGACUUCAUGUUUGUUCCGGAGAGUCCACCUGUUCACGACUGGCCGAAUAAACUGUGUGCCAAGUUGGAAUCGGAAAGGUCUAUGGGCCAACGUCUGAAUAUCAUCCUUGUUGCUGAAGGAGCUAUUGACCAGCAGGGUGAGACCAUUACUGCUAAUGAUGUGCAAAAGGUGAUUGUUGAUCGGCUCGGUUUUGACACUCGUGUGACUGUGCUUGGUCAUGUUCAGCGUGGUGGUUCACCAUCUGCAUUUGACCGUCUUUUGGGUUGUCGCAUGGGUGCUGAAGCUGUACUUGCUCUCAUGGAGGCCACGUCUGAGACAGAACCUUGUGUCAUCUCUCUAGAUGGUAAUCAAUCAGUUCGGGUUCCUCUGAUGGGCUGUGUACUCAAGACCCAAGCUGUAGCUCGAGCCAUGCAGGACCGUAACUGGGAACAGGCUGUCCAGAUGCGUGGGAGGAGCUUCGCUCGCAACUUGGAAACCUACAAAAUGUUGACCAGGCUGAAGCCACCAAAAGUGAUUGAAGAGGGAAAGGGAGGACUAGUCCGGUCUGAUUCAGAAGACCCCCCGGAGGGAGAGCAAAACACAAUUUGGGACAGGGAUGCCAUCUUGGGCGGCUUCAAUCUAGGCGUGAUGCACAUAGGCGCUCCAGCUUGUGGAAUGAACGCUGCUGUUCGGUCAUUUGUACGUAACUGCAUCUACCGUGGUGACACAGUUUAUGGUAUUCAUGAUGGUAUCGAUGGACUUGUGGAAGGCAACAUACAAGAAAUGACAUGGGCAGAAGUGACUGGAUGGGUUGGUCAAGGUGGAGCCUUUCUUGGAACCAAACGCACGUUGCCUGAGAAACACUUAGACCAGGUGGCUGCUCGUCUGCGAGAGUAUAAGCUGCAUUCCUUGAUGAUUGUGGGUGGUUUUGAAGCUUAUCAUGCACUGCUGCAAAUGUAUGAGGCACGUGGUAAAUACCCAGAGUUUUGCAUCCCCAUGGUGGUCAUUCCAUCCACGAUCAGCAACAAUGUUCCAGGCAGUGACUUCAGUCUUGGGUGUGAUACUGCCCUUAAUGAAAUCACAGAGAUUUGUGACAGAAUUAGGCAGUCUGCCCAGGGAACUAAACGACGUGUGUUUGUGGUGGAAACCAUGGGUGGAUAUUGCGGCUACCUAGCAACUCUGGCUGGUCUUGCAGGAGGUGCUGAUGCUGCAUACAUUUUUGAGGAACAAUUUGGCAUUCAGGAACUACAACUGGACGUGUAUCACAUGGCAGCAAAGAUGGCAGAGGGUGUUCAGCGUGGUCUUGUUUUACGAAAUGAAAAAGCUAAUGAAAACUACACCACAGAUUUCAUCUUUAGAGUGUAUUCUGAGGAAGGCAAAGGCAUCUUCAGUUGUAGGAAAAAUGUAUUGGGCCACAUGCAGCAAGGAGGAUCUCCAUCAGUGUUUGACCGCAACAUGGGCACAAAAAUGGCUGCCAAGGCUGUCACCUGGCUGACAGACCAAAUGCUUGCCCAUCGUCGGGAGGAUGGAUCGGUGUUCUGUGAUGAAGCAUCAACAGCAGUGCUGCUUGGUCUACAAAGGAGAUCAUAUGUAUUCCAGCCUGUAAUAGAGUUGAAGUGUCAGACUGACUGGGAUCGCCGUAUCCCGCUCAAUCAGUGGUGGCUGAAGCUUCGCCCUCUCCUUCGUAUCCUCGCCAAACACGAAGCUGCAUACCAUGAGGAGGGUAUCACCGUUAAGGAAGUGGAAGAAGCCUUAGACUAAACAAGCGAACAAGAAUUUGACAACCUUCACAUCAACCUCAUGUGUCUCUUGUUCGGUGCUCUGUUUUUUUUUUUUUUUUGUAAAUACCAUUUGUUAUGAAAGCACACAGGUUACUGAUGAUUAAGAAUGUUAUUUCUGCUUUUAUUGCAGCAUGUACUUUAAAUGAAUUUAAAAGCAAGAGGACAUAGUAUGUAUUUGACUAUCUCACUCCGCUUUAUGAAGGCUUGAGCAAUAUGCAUAAAUUAAUAUGACCUGGUAUACCAUACAUUAAUUAAAUUAAUUAAAUUUUUCUCUAUUAUAUUUUUUAUAUUACAAAUAAAUUUGCUAUAAUAGACAUGUUUAGUAUUCAUGUACAGUACUGUACUAUAUAUUAGUAUUGGUUGUGAUGUGUAAUAAUUAUGAAUACUAUCAAUGGAUGUCUUGCCCUUAAUUAUACAACAUUGUACUUGCAGUAUAUGCGCUCUUAGCUUCAAUUACUGAAAGAGACUUAUUUUUAAGUGCUUUCUUUCUUGGUGAAAGUUAGAGAAUUAUUAAUUUAUUUGAAGAAACUAUUUCUGAACAAAUAUUUAUUACAUACGUGAAUAAUCUCUGAAUCUGUAUGGUAUGUACAUUACUGUUGAUUAUUCAUUUUAAAACUGGGAAAUGAUUUUCCCACUGAUCAAAGAUGUAGUCACUGACUUUGAAAACUGUAUUAUAUUGUGGUUAUUUUUUUUUAUUGUACUUCCCUGGAAAAAGAAAGAUGUCCAUAAUGACCUAUUGAAACGUUUUAAUUUAUUACUGUAUUAUUAUUAUUAAAAAAAAAGGAUAUUCUUUGAGCACAAAACUAAUGCAGUCCAGUAUAUUGAAAAGACGAAUCCACUGCUGAUAAGAGGUGCUGAUCCCUUAAUUCAGGUUUUUUGGUGCCAUGAAUUAGUUGCAAUAUUUAUCAUCCAACUGUAAUAAGGCCUAGGUCUACCAAACCAAAGACAUGCAGUGAUAUCAGUGGUCAGCAUUACUUGGUCACAAAUGGGUCACGCCAGAGGUGGUUUUAGCCUAAGAUUCCGUCAGUGUAAAUAACAUGCUAAAAUUUUGAUAUUUAUUGUUAGAGCCCGGAUGUUAUGGCAAUUAAAAUCCUUGAAGGCUGGAAAAUGGACACUAAACUAUUCAAAUAUAGGCACCAACUAUUUUAUUUAUAAAAUGCAAAAAUUAAUACAUAUCCAAACCUUUUGAUUAACAAUGGCAACAUACCUUCCAACAGCAUCAUUCAUCUCGUCAAUGGAGAUCCACAUUCUUUUGCCACUCACUUCAUGACGUAUUUUCUGCAUGAUACUAUCAAAGGUAGGGUUUACAUGAUUCUUUCUUAAUGUAGCCUCAUUUGGUACACAUUCCUUGCUGUAUUUCUCUAGAAAUCCCUCCAGAGAUUUAUUUUCCACCUUCCACAAAGGAAUACUAGCAUCGAUGAACGCCUUGCACAAGUCCAUUGAAAAUCGAUAUUGUCGAUUGAAAGCUGCUGUGUAUGUUGAGAGAAGGCAUGUAUUUUUUUCACCAUCUUUUCGAGAAGCAUUUGUUUUAUGCUUACAGUACAUGCCUCUAAAUGCUGAGAAACAUACAGUACAUGCCUCUAAAUGCUGAGAAACAUACAGUACAUGCCUCUAAAUGCUGAGAAACAAAGUACUUCUUCUCAUAGUAUAUCGAUUUUUCACAGACUUUGCAAAAGAGCACUUCCUCCAUUUGUUGACAAAACAUCACCAAAUUCUUUAACUAAAUGGCAAAGUUUUUGUUUAAGGGAAGCCUUUGUUUUGAGCAUUGUUUGAGGGUGUAUCAACUUCCGUCUUUGAAAGAGAACGGAUUGCUUCACCCGUGUCAGUGUCACCCGCGAUUCUGACAUCUGACAACCCUUGGAUUAGUGACUCUUAACUGAGCAUGAUAAGAGGUACUGUACCUCCCACUAACAUGCCAUUUGUAGUGAUCCAGGGAAAUAAUUUUUAAAUUUUUUUUUUUUUUUUACAAAACGGACAAAACGCUAAAAUAAGGCAUUAUAGGCAUAAUUCAACGGAAUAGGCAAUAUUCCACUCGCGUGACAAAAAAGGCAAAUAUUGGCAUAUAUGGUAUUGUGCCUGAACAUCUGGGAUCUGUUUAUUAUAAUAAAUCUGUUUUUACCUUUUAGGAAGGUUUUUUUGUUUAUUGUUUUCUGAAGGAAUUUAAUGUCUACUGUAGUGCAUUUACAGGAAAGCCUCUAGUCAAGAAUAGGUCAAAGAAGUCAGAUUAUAUAUACCCUUUUAUUUUUUUUAAUAAAAUUAAUUGGGCUUACUUUAUUUAUCUAUAGAUGUAUAGAAAUUAGGCAGAAAUCAUUAAUAUAUAUAUAUGGCUUUUAGAUACAAGUCAGUCAUGUACAGGGCUUCAAUGGGAUCAUCUUUAUCACCAUCAUUAGUCUGACUUCUCAUAUUAUUGUUAUAGUGUAGUAAAUAUAUUUGAUUUAAAUGAGAAACUACUGCCAGUUCACAAGUGUAUGUGAUGUGUGUUUUCAUGCAUUUGAUUUAUAUUUUAAGAAUUAUAUUCGACUGAACCAUGUCACCAUGUGAAACAUACCGUUAAAUCAGUGCUCCAGUAUUUUUUAGUGCCUACAAGGGACCUUGAGGAGUUGCAGGAAAAUAUUUGUAAGAGAGCUUUGUACCAUAGGUAAGCCAUUUUGUAGUUUUGCUCAUUGUGGCAAACUGCAUCUGCGACUGUUUAAAUGUGCACUGCUCAACGGGAAAUCAUAUGAUAUAGUAUACAAUUAUCAGUACAGUAGUUUACUUACGAAUUCCCUCCCAUCACCAUGUAUAAUCUUGACUGUCUUUGGGGUGUGUUGUUGCCAUGUUAAAAGAGCCACAUAAUAAAAUAGUGACAUACAGAUCAAAAUACAUGUAUUUAUCCAUUUA